UUUGAAUGCAUUUUAGGCAAACUAAGUCAGUCAUUAUCCAAUGUUAUAUUAUACGGUGGGCUGUAAUUGCUAGCUGGUUUCCUUGUGGUGGGGACAUUGAUAUUGACAAUCUGUAAUAAUGAAUGGAGGAAGAGGAAAAUUUAUAAGGACUAUACUUGCUGCAAUACUGAUAUCUUUUCAGAGCUGCUGCUCUAAUCAUUUCUUUGUCUUGGCUGAUUUUGAUUACAAAGAUGCACUGCAGAAAUCUAUUCUGUUUCUGGAAGCUCAACGCUCUGGGAAACUUCCUUCUACUACUAGGAUCACUUGGAGAGGAGAUUCUGGUCUCACCGAUGGACACAUGCAAAAUGUGGACUUAGUGGGCGGUUACUAUGAUGCUGGUGAUAAUGUGAAGUAUGGACUGCCAAUGGCAUUCACUGUGACCAUGUUGGCAUGGGGAGCCCUCCAUUUUGAGAAUGAGCUUUCAAAUGCUGGAGAGCUGGACAAUGUGAGGGAUGCAAUUCGUUGGGGUACUGAUUAUUUUCUCAAAGCAAGUGUCUCACCCAACCAGCUCUGGGUUCAGGUGGGAGAUCCAUCUGCAGAUCAUCAAUGUUGGGAAAAUCCAGAAACAAUGGACACUCCAAGGACUGUGUACAAAAUUGAUGAAUCGAAUCCAGGGUCAGAAAUAGCAGCAGAAACUGCCGCAGCAUUGGCUGCUUCUUCGAUUGUUUUCAAAUCCAUCGACCUACCUUAUUCCCUUAAUCUCCUCAACAGAUCCACUUCGCUCUUUACUUUUGCUGAUCAAUACCGCGGAACAUACUAUGGAGAAUGCCCUUUCUAUUGCUCUUACUCUGGCUAUCAAGAUGAGCUUGCAUGGGCAGCAUCAUGGCUAUACAAAGCUACCGGGUUAGAAUACUACUCUCAAUACAUAUUACAGAGCUCAUUUUAUUACCCUGUAUCUGAAUUCAGCUGGGAUCUCAAAGAUGCAGGAAUUCAAGUUCUUCUGUCCAAUGUGUAUUUCUCUGGAGACUCCAACUUCGAAGGGUACAAAAACCUUGCAGAAAGUUUUCUAUGUUCAGUUAUUCCAGAGAGUCCCUCAUUCAAACUUUCUGUAACUCCAGGAGGACUGCUCUAUGUUAGAGAUGGUGCAAACACCCAAUAUGCAACAAGUGCAGCAUUCCUGGCAUUAGUUUACAGUGAUUUAUUGUAUGCCCAAAAUCGAUCCCUUCAAUGUGGAUACCUAAACAUCCAACCCAGCAAUCUUGUUGCAUUUGCCAAACAACAAGUUGAUUAUAUACUAGGGAGAAAUCCUCUGGGCAUGUCCUUAAUGGUGGGUUUCGGUAGCAGAUAUCCAGAACAAGCUCAUCACAGAGGGUCAUCCAUAGUUUCAGUACAUGUGGAUUCAAUGGGAGUAUCAUGUGCAGAAGGAUUUAUGGUUUGGUUCAGCAGACAAGCACCAAAUCCAAAUCUAUUGAGUGGUGCCGUAGUUGGAGGACCAGAUCAAUAUGAUCAAUUUGAGGAUUUGAGGCAUGAUUCAUGCAAACUUGAGCCUACAACAUAUAUCAAUGCUCCUCUUGUUGGCCUCCUUGCUAGAUUCUACGCCCUAGACUCUUCACCAAAUUAACAUAAGCCCAAUGCCAUCCUUACAUUGUAAAGUGAAAUUUUCAGUAGAUUUAUAUGAACAACUCUACAAAGUUAUCGAGCCUUAGGAGGAGAUCCCUUUGAAUGGGCUUCACCUUAUACUUUAUAUCGUAAAGUGGUCUACUGUAAGAUAAAAGUUUGAAAAUUAAAGUCCGUAUUUUUGUAAGAGCUGAAUUUUUUAGAUUCUACAGAGAAUGGCUGGAGGUUCUUCAUUUAUAUACCAGAUGAGAGCCAUCCUCAAUGCAAUGUCUUAUCUUAUUUGUGGGGGCCUAUAAAGUGGAAUAAAAUUGUGAUCAUACGAGCAGUAUGUUCUUUUGCAUGAAA